UUUUGGAAGUUUCAAAGUACAUGAGUACUAAAAAUCGACAGAUUGGUAUUCUAAUUUCUCAUGCAGAAAUGCUUUAUAACUUUUUAGAACAUCUAUCCAAAAUAAUGAGAUUGAAUGCCAAAGACAUGGGCAACAAUAGACAACCUACUCUCAACCACUUCAUCACUCACAAAAAUUGCAUGAUAAUAUCUGCAUUGAGCUAUGCUCUCAACCAACCCUUUAUCCAACAUCUAUCUGUAUGUAUACUUGCUACUAGUACUAGCUAUUUCGUCACCGAUUACAAUCCAACUCCAUUUUUUUUCCGAAUGCUUCUUCUUCUUUUCUUUGCUUCAGUACUACCAUAACAAACACAAUGCAUCAAAAACUUCAGUCUAUCAAACUUUCUCUGCCUCUUCUCUUUCGAUCUCUCUUUAACAUGGAGAAAAGAAAACUGAAAGACAGAGAUGAAGCAAUAUUAUUGCAGCACCCACUUGUGCUUUUCCUUAUUCUGGUUUUGGGCUUUGUCAUAAUGGAUCCUCUACAAGUAGGCCCUCUAGGCGGCCAUGAAUUCAAGCCCGUCAAGCACAGCAUUGCGCCAUACAAGAAAGUCAUGGAGAGGUGGCCGAGGGACAAUCUGAGCCGGUUGGGACUCGGGAAGUUGGAGUUCGAGGACGAAGUUUUUGGGCCUGAAUCUUUGGAGUUUGAUGCAUUGGGCCUUGGGCCUUACACCGGGUUAGCCGAUGGACGCAUCGUGAGAUGGAUGGGCCCGGAUGUGGGUUGGGAGACAUUUGCGCUUGUAACAGCAAAUUGGUCAGAGCAGGUUUGUGCAAAAGGCAAUGAGUCCACCACAUACAAGCAAUGGAAGCAUGAAAAAAGGUGUGGUCGUCCACUAGGGUUAAGAUUUGACAAAGUGACUGGAAAUCUGUACAUUGCGGACGCUUAUUAUGGACUUCUAGUUGUUGGACCUGAAGGAGGACUCGCAACUCCUUUGUCGACUCAAGACGUUGAGGGCAACCCCAUACUCUUUGCAAAUGACCUUGAUAUCCACACCAAUGGUUCCAUCUUCUUCACAGAUACUAGCACGAGAUACAACAGGGUGGAUCAUUUCCUUAUACUAUUGGAAGGAGAAGCCACCGGUAGGCUUCUGAGAUAUGAUCCUCCCACUAAAACAACUCAUGUUGUCUUGCAUGGUUUGGCCUUUCCAAAUGGCUUACAAUUUUCUCAGGACCAAACCUUCCUUCUCUUCACUGAGACCACCAACUGCAGGCUCAUGAAAUAUUGGUUAGAAGGUCCAAAAUCUGGAACAGUGGAACUUGUUGCGGACCUUCCAGGAUUUCCAGACAAUGUAAGAAUAAAUGAGAAAGGGCAAUUCUGGGUAGCAAUAGAUUGUUGCAGGACUCCAGCACAGGAGGUCCUCUCUAAUAAUCCAUGGUUAAGGAAUGUCUACUUUCGCUUGCCAAUCCGGAUGACCUACUUGGCAAGAAUUAUGGGAAUGAAAAUGUACACACUGAUCUCGCUAUUCAAUGACAAGGGAGAAAUUUUGGAAGUUCUUGAAGACCGAAAGGGUGAGGUUAUGAAACUUGUGAGUGAAGUUAGAGAAUCAAAGGGCAAACUCUGGAUUGGAACUGUGGCUCAUAACCACAUUGCUACCGUCCCUUACCCUUAGCUAGAUUAUUAACCUACUCGAUCAUUGGUUAGCCCUCCUGAUAGAUCAAAUAUAUAUCUUGGUGUUUAUAGCUAGCUAGUUUCAUCAACCAAAUGGUGCGAGUCUAAUUUAUUCAAUGCGGGUUUAUUUGUGUAAUGACAUUUAAAUUUAAAUAACUUCAGGUUUAUUUGUGGCUUGUUUUCUUUUCUUUUAUCACCUGAUCUCACUCUGACUACAUACCAAGUGACUCUACAGUUUCUACUCUAUUGCUUUAUCACUAUUCUAUGGUGAAAAUUUGUGGUAUUAUAAACUUCCAAGGAUGUCCGUUAAAAAAGGCCAAAAAUCCCAAAAACUAACCUGCUGUAACAACCCAAUGGCCAAAAUUGCCA